AUGCUGAGAUCUCUUGACCAGACCAUGGAGUCUCCCAAUAACACAGAUCUGGAUCCUUCAGUUUUCUUCCUCCUGGGGAUUCCAGGUCUGGAAAAGUUCCACCUAUGGCUCUCACUCCCUGUGUGCUGUCUAGGAACAGCCACAAUUGUGGGUAACGUAACCAUACUGGUUGUUGUUGCCACAGAACCAACCCUGCACAAGCCUGUAUAUCUAUUCCUGUGCAUGCUUUCAACCAUCGACUUGGCUGCCUCCUUUUCCACAGUCCCCAAACUACUAGCCAUCCUAUGGUGUGGAGCUGGACACAUCUCUGCCUCUGCAUGUCUGGCACAGAUGUUUUUCAUUCAUGCCUUCUGUAUGAUGGAAUCUACAGUGCUGCUGGCCAUGGCCUUUGAUCGCUAUGUGGCCAUUUGCCACCCACUCCGCUAUGCCACUGUCCUCACUGACACUAUAAUUGCCCGCAUUGGGAUUGCUGCGAUGAUUCGAGGUUCUAUGCUCAUGUUGCCAUGCCCUUUUCUCAUUAGGCGCUUAGACUUUUGCAAAAGCCAUGUGAUACCACACACAUAUUGUGAGCACAUGGCUGUAGUAAAGCUAGCUUGUGGAGACACCAGACCUAACCGUGUGUAUGGGUUGACAGCAGCGCUGUUAGUUAUUGGAGUUGAUUUGUUUUGCAUUGGUCUCUCUUAUGUCCUCAUUGCCCGAGCUGUCCUUCGUCUCUCAUCCCAUGAAGCUCGGACCAAGGCCUUAGGAACUUGUGGCUCUCAUGUCUGUGUCAUCCUAAUUUCAUACACACCGGCUCUCUUCUCUUUUUUCACCCAUCGUUUUGGCCGCCAUGUUCCACUUCAUAUUCAUAUUCUUUUGGCCAAUGUAUAUUUACUCUUUCCUCCUGCUCUCAACCCUAUGGUAUAUGGAGUUAAGACCAAGGAGAUUCGGGUUAGAGUUAUCAGAGUGUUCCAAAGAGGGUCGGUACUCGGGUAA